AUGUUUCCAAAUAUCAAGAAGACGGUCAGAUACCAAGACUCCGAAACUGAAGAAGACUCUCUAGAAAAAUAUGAUCAUGAGAAGAUCUACGACAACAUUGUACUGAAAUAAAAUCUUCAUUAGUGAGUUUGAUCCCAAGGAAAGAAACAGAGGAAAAAGUAAAACAGACAGGAUGCUCGAGAAGCUCCAUUUUGAUAUGGAAUAUGUAAAGAAUAUUUACAGAGUCAAAAGAAUCAAAGGAUCCUUUUCAAAGAAUGUAGUUGAAAUUUCCCCAAAGAAGGUCAGAAGAAAGUCAAGGAGAUUAGGAAUGCUUAAAUCUAAUAAUGAUUUGGGAUUAUCAUCUUUACAGUACAAAUCACUAACAAAAUCUCAUAAAGAAUUGAAGGAAGCCCAAGAAGGAGAAGAAAAUAAUGCGAAGAAAAGAUUAAAAUAAAAUCUCUGCUAUCGCUCAAAAUAAAAUUUUGCAUACUCAGGGAUACCUAGACAGGGUCUACAACCAAUGAGAAAAUGACACCUUCCCUCUGAAGAAAAGAAAGAAUUAUGAGUUCCCAUUCUUGUCGAAAUAAGGAAAUCCAAGAGAAUGCUAACUAUAAAAAUAAAUCCAUAAUCUUUAAUGACUUAGUAGAAAGAAUCAGAGCUGGAUCCAAGAAGCUUAAUGAAUUUCAAUUGAAGACUAACACAACAGAUUGGAUCCCCAAAAUUAUACACAAAAGUAAUUCGAGAAAAUAAGAACUUGAUAAAUACCCAAUCAGUAGACGACCUGAAGAAACUGAGAUACAAACAAACUGCUCAAUAUGUAGCUGAUCAAGAAUCAAAUUUUGAUAAAUAUUCCUCUCUUGAAAACCUGUACAACAAGGUAGAGGAGCAUGACUCAAUAAUCCCCCAAGUAAGAAUGAACGAUACUUCCACUCUUUUCUUUGGCAACAAAACUCGAGAUGAGUACUUUGAGGCCAUUAAGAAUGAUCAUUCUGAGGAGAAAGAUGCCCCUUUCUUCAAAUAUAUCAAUCUAUGCAAAGAGAAAGGAAUUCUUCCCAUUCCUAAAGGAUUUGCCCAGAAGAAAGAGUCUAUCGGAGAGAUAGAUCUUAACAACAGCCUCAUGGGAGAUGAUUAUGCUGAGGUAUUCGCAGAGACCCUUAAAUUCAAGAAGAAUAAAUACUCUCUUUCUCUCAAAUAACAAUAGGCUUAGCCAAGAAAGUGCUAAUAAGAUUGUUGAGCAUAUUUCUUCAAGGGUGGAGAAGCUUGAUCUCUCUUAUAAUCCACUUAUCAAAGAUCUUAAUACUGAUGCGCUGUUCAAAAAUCUAGGUGGAACUUUGAAAGAACUCAACCUUGAAGCGAAUAAUGUUGGCGAUAAAUUGUGUGAAAAGAUAUCAAAUUGUAGCCAGAGGCUUGAACACUUGAACCUAUCUAAAAACUUAAUUACAAAGAAAGGUGCUACUUCUGUAGCUCAGAUACUUUACAAAAGCUGAUUUAUUGUCUGUCUCAAUCUCAGUUGGAAUAAUAUUCAAGCAAAAGGAGGAAUGCAUAUUUUUGAAUCAUUAAAAGAAAAUCAAUCUCUACAAAUCCUUGACUUAUCCUUUAACCCGAUCGGUAAUUAUGGAGAGAAAGAUAUCAAACAUAAAAAUAAAGGACGAAGAAAGAAGGUAACCCCACAAACAGUUUCUAGAUCUCUUAGUGAGAUGUUUGCUGAAAACCAGACUCUUCGUCAUUGAAACUUUUCAAACUGUAGAUUUUCAGAAAAUCAAUGAGAUGAAAUUUCAAUAGGUCUUAACCAGAACCACACUAUUUUUGGACUACAUAUGGUCGGAAAUGAAAUGAACACAAAUGCACUUGGAUUUUUGGUAAAAGGAAAAGGAGAAUCAGGAGCUUCUCACUUUACCCCAAAUUUGUCUAAGAUUGAACACCAGAAAGGAAAGAUUCAGUCCAAACAUGCACUGAAGGUCAACUCCAACUGAUGGAUUUGUGAAGGAUGGACUCAAAGAAAAGUAGAAUUUUGACUUUCUGAUUUAUUUCCAAAAUUACUUCAUAGCCUUAAGAAGGAUGAUAAAAUGUACAUUCAUUAUUCAUUUGAUGACUAUGAGCCUGAUUUAUUGACACUUGAUGAAGAGACAGAAAGAUAUUUCUCAAUUAGAAUGAUGCCACCAAAGGUCAAUAAGUACUAUAUCUCAGUAAAUAAUGAGAUAAAAUAUGCUUCUAAAAGCCUAUUGAAAAAGCUCAAACCUAACUCUAAGAAAAAUAUGCCAGUCAUAAACAUCAUUGAUUUACAGACCUCUGAACCUCAGAGGAUGCCCACUUCAUUCUUCAUUAACACGAAAUGUCACCCAAGACCGUCAAGGGCUUUCUUAGAAUCUGAGAAUCUUUCAGAAAGUACUUAA